AUGAAAGCUCCAAACACACCUCUAUCUUUCUCAAAGCCCAACAUUGUAGCCAAGGGAUCAGGAUUAGAGCCUUUUCAGAUCGAUGGGAGGUUCAGGCUGGGUGCAGAAAUCGGGUCUGGAUCACAUGGUCGCGUGUUCAUCGCCAAGGAUAUUUUUACUGGCCAGAAGGUCAUAGCAAAGCUAGAACGUUCAAAACCAAGAACACUAGAGCAGGAGUAUGCUGCGUACUUGGCUCUUGCUGGUGGAAACAGUAUUCCGCAUAUUCACUGGUUCAGAUCAGACUCUGGACAUCACGCAAUUAUAAUGGAACACCUUGGUCCCUCGCUCGAGAUGUAUUUCAAUGCCUGCAACAAAAGAUUGGACUUACAGACGGUAAUUUCAUUUGCAAAGCAGCUGAUUUCGUGCAUUGAGUAUAUUCACUUGCAUGAUUACAUCCAUCGUGAUAUUAAACCCUCCAAUAUCGUUCUCAGCAGAGAAAUAGAUGAGGUUGAGAGCAUCAAGCUUUAUAUCAUCGACUUCAGCGUUGCACGACUGUUCCGUGACUCGAAUCGUCGUCACAUACAAUUCAAAAACGACCAACACUUUGUUGGAAAUCUACAAUUCGCAUCCAUCAAUGCUCAUCGAGGUGUGGAGCAGAGUCGGCGCGAUGAUAUCGAGUCACUCACUUAUGUUCUUGUGUAUUUGAUAUGUGGUGAUCUCCCUUGGGCUCCACUCGAUUCAGAAGAUGCGUACCCCUGCGACAGUUCAAGUCGUAUUUUGCAGUCGAAAAUCCAGACCUCUCCCAAAACACUCUGUUUUGGACUUCCCUCAGGAUUCGCCACCAUGCUCACUUAUGCUCGCGGUCUUCAGUUCAGCGAGAAACCAGAUUAUCCCUACCUUCGUCAACUUCUGUAG